AUGGGAGAUCACUCUGUAUCAUCCGAAGGCAUGGGAGAAAACUCUGUAUCAUCCGAAGGCAUGGGAGAAAACUCUGUAUCAUUCGAAGAUGAUGAUGACCAAAUCGAACAAGCAGAAGAACAAGGCAUGAAAGUAGAGUACUAUAUAUCAUCUUCAGAAGAUGAUGAUGAACGAAUCCCAGCAACAGACGAGAGAGUGAUCUCACAUCAUCUGAAUAUGAUGAUCAAUGACUCUUGGCCUCACGAGUACGUGUACGACCUGAAUUCAUGGACUACCUUCAACAAUACUCCAAACCCUAACUACAUGGUGUUCGUCAAAUCCCGAACCGAGGCUAGUGGUAGAACCGAUGACGGAUGCGGAGCGGGUUGCUGGAGGAUCAUAGGUCGUGAUAAGCUGAUCAAAUCUGAGGAGACCGGGAAGAUUCUAGGGUUCAAGAGGAUUCUUAAGUUCUGUGACAAGGAGAUGAACCGAUCAGAAGAGAGGAUUUGGGUAAUGGAAGAGUUUAGGCUCUUCGAUAAACGUAAGCAAGAUCAAGUGAUGUGCACGAUUGAGCUUCUGCACCUACCUAAGGUUAGUGCCUUGCUUGCCAAGCAUUUCUCGUUUCUCCCUAAGAAGAUGAUGCUUGGAUGA